AUGUUGAAACAAGAACGCAUUUUUCGCCUUCUCCAUUUGGGCUAUAAAGUUGAGUGUCUCCAAUUGGAAUCAUUAGACCAAAUUUGUGGCUCAGAACUUGAAGAAAUUGGAGAACGUUUACCUAAUCUCAAAAUUCUAAUUAUUCUAAAGUGUAAACUUCAUUUCAAUACCAUUAAUGGCUUCAAUUUAAUGUUAGAACAAUUCCAACGUCUUAUGGCCUUUGCCAUUGUUCGUUGCACGAAUUUUAGUUUGUAA